UAUGUGGGUCAUCUCUUAAGAAGUUCGCUGUACCAUUAGUUGAGGAUAUAAUAGCACUUAAACUUUGUGAUAUUGUGAAUUGGCUUUGCACUGAAGUGGAUGCUGAGGCAUCAUAUAUGAAAGCUUGGAGAAGUCAAGCUAUUAACAAAAAAUGUGAUGCAGAAGAAAUAAAAAAGAGUUACCAAUGUAUAAAUUCACUACUUAACAAUCUGAUAAUUGAGAAUCCAGAAAGUGUUAUUGCAUUUGAGGGUAUUUUAGAUACCGUACAAACAAAACUUCCUAAUACUUUUCACGCAUAUUGCAUAUGGCAUAUUGAAAAAAACAUUAAUACAAAAUUCAAAACAAAGCUUGGAGAUAAAAUCUGGGCUGUAGCUAAAGCAUUACACAUAAAAGAAUUUAACAAAAUAAUAAAAGAAAUUUCUGAUUUACAUGAGGAGGCAUCUAUUUAUCUUAGUGAAAUACCUUCCACAACAUGGGCCUUUAGCAAAUAUCCUCGAAGUAAAUUCGGCUAUCUUACUUCUAAUACAUCCAAGUUUUUAAAUUCUUGGUUAUGUGAUGAACAUCUUGUAAAACUAUUCGAAACAAUAAUUUUAUUUGUGCACAAGGUCAAUACACUUUAUUACAAUUGUCGCACAAUAUAUUCUUCAAUCUAA